AUGGGAAAUUACUCUACCGUGACUGAAUUCCUUCUGGUGGGACUUUCUCAAUACCCUGAGCUUCAGAUUUUCUUCUUUGUGAUCACUCUCAUCAUGUACGUGAUAAUCCUCCUGGGAAAUAGCAUCCUCAUUCUCCUCAUCUUCCUAGAUUCGCGCCUCCACACCCCCAUGUACUUCUUCCUUGGGAACCUCUCAUUCUUGGACAUCUGUUACACAUCAUCAACCAUCCCUACAAUGCUUUUGAUGUUUGUUUCUCAGAGAUUAUCCAUCUCCUUCAUUGGCUGUACCCUGCAGAUGGUUAUCUCCCUUGGGCUGGGCUGUACUGAGUGUGUCCUUCUAGCUGUGAUGGCCUAUGACAGGUACGUGGCCAUCUGCAACCCACUGAGAUACACCAUCAUCAUGAACAAGGUACUCUAUAUGCAUAUGGCUGCGUGGUCCUGGAUAUUAGGCUAUAUGAUUGCCUUAGUGCAAACGGUCCUGACAAUGGUACUGCCUUUCUGUGGUAGUCAUGUGGUUGAUCAUAUAACCUGCGAGAUCCUGGCUCUUCUUAAACUUGUAUGUGCAGAUAUCUCUGUAAAUGUGCUCUUCAUGACAGUAGCAAGUAUUAUUUUAUUGUUAGUUCCCCUAUUGUUAAUUUUCAUCUCCUAUAUUUUCAUUCUCUCUUCCAUCCUGAGAAUCAAUUCAGCUGAAGGGAGGAAGAAAGCCUUCUCUACCUGCUCAGCCCACUUGACUGUGGUCAUCUUGUUCUAUGGUUCGGCCCUAUUUAUGUACAUGAAGCCAAAAUCAACGGACACGAAAGUUUCUGACGAAAUCAUUUCAAUGUUCUAUGGAGCAGUAACCCCCAUGUUGAAUCCCAUCAUUUAUAGUCUGAGAAAUAAAGAGGUGAAAGAAGCAAUGAAGAAAGUGCUGAGCAGAUAUUUUCAUCUAUGGAAACUAUGA